AUGAAGUGUUUAAUCAGAUUCACACAAACGCACGAGACGUUUCGUCUCGCCGAGAUUCAGGCCCUAGCAGAGCUUGAGAAUAUUCCUUUACAGGUUGAACACUAUGUUUCACAUUCACCAUUUUGUUUUGUAGACGUUCCGUCUGCAAAAGCAGCUGCACGACUGGUGAAGAGAAGCAUUCUCACCAAAGCCAUUUACGAAGUUUGGGGAACGGGUCCUACGUAUGAAAAACUUCAUGAUGAUAUAAAGACGCAUACAACAGAACAAUGGCCUGUUUACAAAAACUGCUCUUUCAAAUUUACAGUGGAUUGUUUUCAAAAUACGAGAUCAAACGCCCAGCAGCGAGAACUCAUCAAUGAGUUCCGAUAUCUGGAAUUCGAGGGGCCAAUUAAGAUGAAAGGAGCAGAUGAAGAGUUCUGUAUCUUGGAAGAAUGGCAACUUGAUGCUGCUGCUAACGGUUUGAAAGAACCUUCACAAGUCAUCUUUGGCCGAUUUCUCGGGGCUAGCGAACGAGAUAUUGUGGGAAAGUAUGAUCUCAAAAAACGGAAAUAUAUCAGUACCACCUCUAUGGAUUCCGAACUUGCUCUGGUCACUGCAAACAUCACAUUAGCAGCACCAGCAAAGUUAUUCUAUGACCCGUUUGUCGGUACGGGUAGUUUCCCAGUUGCAUGUGCACAUUUCGGAGCUCUUGCGUUCGGAAGCGAUAUUGAUGGGCGAAGUAUUCGAGGAAAGGAAAAGAGGAAUCUACAUUCUAAUUUUGUGCAAUAUGGACUUACAAAUCAGUUUGGAGAUAGUUUUGUGGCGGAUCUUACAAAUACGCCAUUAAGAUGUGCUAGACUAUUUGAUGGAAUAAUAUGCGAUCCACCUUACGGUGUGCGAGAGGGGUUAAAGGUACUGGGGAAUAGGGAUCCUACUAAGCCCAAAGUACCGAUUAUGUUAGAGGGCGAAACGCAACCUCAUCAUUUACAAGAAGCUUAUGUUCCACCCAAGAAACCAUAUUCUUUCCUUGCCAUGCUAGAAGAUAUUUUAGAUUUUGCGGCCAUCUCCUUGGUAGACAAUGGCCGUUUGUCGUUCUGGAUGCCAACGGCAAAUGAUGAGGAUCAGGAAAUCAAAAUCCCAACCCAUCCUUGUUUACAGAUUACAAGUGUAUGCACACAAGCAUUCAACAGAUGGUCAAGGAGACUUAUUACAUAUAAGAGGAUACCGGACUCAAUGAUUGAUCCUGAACAAAUCCGUGAACGGACUGCUAAUAGUACGGGUGUUACUGCAGAUGAGUUAAAUCCCUUUAGAAAGGGAUAUUUCCAAGGCUUUAAAUCAGCCUUUAGAGAUACACCGAAAUAA